AUGGAUUUCUCGUCGGAACCUGAAUGUCAGUGGCUGGAACAGAUGCCAUUAAUUAAAAUGGUUACAGACCCGUCAAUUGAUACCAUAUUCAUAGCACAUUUGUUUUAUGAGGAAGAUCAGUUCAAGGAAUCAGGAUAUUUCAUUGACUAUCUGAAAGAAUAUCCAUUCUUCUGUGAUGAUUUAUCAUUGAGUUCUGAUGAGGAUUACGACACCUUUAAUGUGAAAAGAAAGCUUUAUAAAUACUACCUACACAACAACAGAUACACCUGCAACUUUUGGAAUCUUACAGAACCUUUACAAAAGUUUGUUGAACGAAAAUCAAGACUAAGACUUGCUUCAGGACUUCAGGGAAAACAAUAUUUACAAUGCGGAAUCGAAAGUCUCAAAGAACCCUCAGGUUAUCUGAGUGCCGCUUUCAGAAAAGUGUCACGGCACCAAACUUACAAAGGAGACGGAUCAAACAUCAAACUGCACUGGGACAAACAUUCACAGGUUUCUUUCAUUUCCGAAAAUCUCUUAUACCACAAUGGUGAAAUCAAAGUACCCGAAGGGCGGUUUUAUUUUCUUUAUUCUUCCGUAUUGAUUAACCUAACCAACGUUGUAAUCCAGUUUGGGAAAGCGUACAAAUUUCUUUUACAGAUUUGUGUUACCAGUCGUGGUUAUGAACGCACUCUUUUGUAUAAAUCUAAAGUUUAUUACCCUAAUUCCACUAGUUCAAUUUCAUCCUUAUCGGUUGGAGGUCAUGUUUUCAUUGAAAAGGGUGAUGCAGUUUACGUAAAGGUGUCUGAAGCAAGCAGACUGAUUCGCGCUUCUGUAGGAAAUGUAUUUGGAAUAUUGCCACUACGUUAAAUGUUUGGAAAUUUUCAUCUUAUCAGAACACUUCUUGUUAACAUUUACCCCUUGGCAAAACUGUUUACGUCUAUCAAAAGCUAAUGGAAUAUAUAAUCUUUGUUGUUUUUUUACUGCAUAAUUCUAACUGAAACCUUUUGCUUACUGUACCUUUUCAAUUUGUAGUAUUGUUUAUUCUCAUUUGGAACAUAUUAAAAAGAAAAAUAUUA